ACCAGAAAGAGGAAGCACUGUGGUGACAAUGACAGGGGUACCUGUGGCCCAGUCAAGCAUGGAGAACGUUAUCAAAACUGGAUAUCUGAAGAAAGGAAGGCUAUCAAACAGAUUCUCCUCUGCUUUUGGGCGCUGUCCACGGAGGUGGUUUGUGUAUGGUGUCCGAGAUGGGACACUCCCAUUUCUUGAGUACUACGAGAAUGAAGAGGGAACCUUCACUUCAACGCCGAUCAACAGCUUUGACCUCACGGGCUGUAAGAAGAUCACUUAUGUCUUGUCCCCAAGAAAUCCGUCAUUCACAUUCUGCAUUGUUCUUCAAGAUCGUGUUAUAGAACUGACAGCAAUGACCAGGGCAGAUCUGAUUGACUGGUGUGAUCGCAUGGAGCGUUCAUUACGUCAGCUUGGUCAUUUAGAAACGUUGAGGGGACCCGAUGAUGAACAUGUGUACGUAGAUGCACCAUUCUUACUGAAGCGGAACAAGUCACAUGUGGUUGUGGAGGAGUCCUCAAACGAGGGAGACAUCCACACCAGCGUUAGUGAGGUGUCUCGUGUAGGGACGGCUAAUCCAGACCAUCCGGAGGAGGUGCCCGGCAUGAUAUACCUCCCUUCCGCCGGGCGCAUCCGUCCCAUAACCAUUAAUGGCUGGGAUUCUGAAGUGUUAGCCACCUUCAGAGAAAGUGGAAGAUCGCUGGAGAGAGGGACAACUCUAGACUGUGCUUCCCGAGAAGGCAUGAGGUCACUGACACCAAGCUUAAAUUCCUUUCUUGUGGAGGAAAAGGAUAAUAGACCUACGAAACACCCCUCUAAGGGCCUAGUAAGAAGAUCAACAAUGGCAGUGCCAAGGAGGAAUGUGGAAGCUGUGUCUAAAGCUGAAAGUAAUGGUCUGGUAAAUGGCUUUGGUUUGAAUACAGAAGGCCCUACACUGUUAUUUGAUGAAAAGCCGAAACCAAAGGAAGACAUGACCGAUGAAAAUGCUUACGGGAAUCUAAGUGAUUGGACUUCUUCAUCCAGAACUAAUACCUGCUUUUCCAUUAACUCAGACUCACCUGAAGUCACCAGUAACAAAAGCAACGACAACAAAAUGCAAGAGGGUUCGACAUUGGGCUCGUGUGAAACAGAUGAAAAUGCUAAUCACAAGUGUCCGGAAGAGGAUUUGCCAUUAAGGGAAUCAAGAAAGUUCCAUCUUGGUAUCAGAUCUCCAGGUCUUUCCAAAACUUUGGCCGUGGAAACUGAUUUUUUGUCAUCACCAGUGGCACAGACAUCUUCCAUUAGAGAGGUGUGUGUCAGUCCUACAUCUCCACUCUCUCCCACUGGAUCUCUAAGUGACUGUCUCCCGGAUGAUGAAGAAGUUCAUCACAAUGUCCGACAGCUUCUUAAGUUCUUUGAGGGUUCAGAAGUAUCUGGGAGUAGUGAUCCAGAUCCUGAGGAUGCAGGAACCAGAGACCACGACACUGGCGCUCAUGGGGUUAUGACUCACGACAAAGCAGUUGAGUUAGUUGAUACUGAGGCAGAUGACCAAUUCAGUGUGUUUGCGUCUCUGAUAGAUUUAGGACUGACUGCAUCAUCACAGCCCCCUCAGGUGCCAGAACAAGAUGCCUCAUCAAAAUUACCUGGCUCAAAUGUUCCACUAGAUCAGACCAAUCGCUCAGAUGAUAACCAGUCCCCUGACAUGGGCUACAUGUCCGACAAGUCUCCCCCUGGGACUGAAGACUCUGAUUCCACUAUAGUGCUAACCUCCAAUUUCUCGGGCACAAAUGGUUUGCCUAAAAGAUACACGAAAAAGAAAGACCAGAUCCAAGAGGAGACGGAUGUACCUCCACCCCUGCCGAUCAGACCGCCUAACCUGGUCAGAUUAAGACCAAUGACGAUCUCACAAGGGAGAAGUGCCGGGUCUGCUCCGGCCAUUCCGCCCCGGAGAAGCCUGUCCAUCAUGCAGCAGGUGUCAAACUGCAGCGGGGCACAGUCGGUGGUCCCCCUGAAAACCAGUCAGGUGGAACUGUUCAGAAAUAACAUAACCAGUCCUGUGGCCACCGCUGUGGAGCUGCGGCGAAGGGACUGCCUUGGCACUAUUGCAUUUGUUGAUGCUUUUGGCAGUGUUUGGAUUGCAGGCUGGAAUCAACGGGCCAGACCAAGGCUUCACGGGGCAUUCCAUCUGGGUGACCGUCUCCUCAGUAUAAACAAUGAGCCAGUGCAUAAUGCUGCAGCUGCACAAAAGUUUAUCAAACAGUGCCCGAACGAGCACCUUGUUCUGGAGGUGAAGACUGCCCCUAAGGCAAAGGUGGUCUGCAUACAGCGGAGAGUGAGUGGUCAGAGUCUGGGGCUCAAGAGGGAUGGGGGCACAGCAGAGAUCAUCUACAUUGACCCUAAUGGCCUGGCAGCAGAGCAUGGUUUGGCAAGUCGAGCGUCCACCAUGGACAACUCAGGCUUCUGUAACUGGGUGCUGACAGAGAUAAACAGCAGACCACUGAACCUCUUCCUCAAGAAAAAUGAGGUUGCAGCGAUGCUGGAUGCUGUUGGCUUGGAUAUUUCACUUGUCGUUCAGCCUGUAGACUUCGUGGGUGCACUGAAAAGACAGCUGAAAUACCUAAAAAAUUACAAGGAUUACAUCCUACCUUGAUUAUAUAUCAGAAUUAGGAAAUUGUACAUAUUUCUCAAAAGGGUGCCUUUGUUUAUAAUCUGAGGUCUCUAGAGGUCACAGCUCAACUGUCAAAGAAACAUUGGGUGACUGUCAAAUGCCCAGCAGUAGGACCUUGACUCCAUUGUCAUGUGUAUUAACGUCAAAUGUUGGUUUCCCAAACUCAUCAUUAUGUCAUAUUCAAGACAAUACAGUGUUACAGUAGAAACUAAUAAACUGUUAUAUUGUAGACGUUGGGCAGCAGUGAUUUUUGUGAUGACAAUGGUCCUGCUUCCUGCUUCACACCAGAAAAUAUGCUG